CAAUUACAUUGGAGGACUUGACGCGGAUUUACGCUCGAUAACUCAGAGAUCAUCACGAUGGAGACGAUGGGUUGUGAUGAGGGAAAGGCGCGUGCACGCCUUCGCGAACGCGCCUCCCGAAUUGGCAACAACCAAGCGGGGUUACUUGGGAGCCGCAAUGCUUCCAUAAAACCCGCUGUGCUCCGUCUGCUUGCUGCUCGACAUUGAGCAACAUGGCACCGACAACUCUGACUGAGGUCUUUGGCUUGGGCAACAAUGCCUACUUUUCGAACGGGAAGAUUGACCGGCUUGCCUUUCUACGCACCCAAUACGACUUGCUUGACAAGGCCUCCAGACAUACCAGCGCGAAAUACCUCACGUUCAAUGAGCUGAACGCCUUACGCGAUUCCCAUGGCAAUUUUGCGUAUGUGGGCUACGAAGAUGUCAAAGACCUCAUUGGGGAACCCUUCGCAAAAGAUGAAAAGGCGCAAAUUCAGAGCUUCGACCCGGCCGAGCAUCAUCCACGACUGGUCUUUCUCGGACUGGACCUCGAAGCAGGAUGUAAGACGCCUGCCGUCACUCUGGGCAUGUAUCAUGGAGUUCCGUACUUCGCCCUUGAUGUUUCCUCUUCCUACUACGACAACUUCAAAGCCAAGCAGACUGAGCAAGGAAGAACUCAUGUGCCCACACGAGUCGACCUGAAGCUUACCCGUGACGAUUCUUCGAUCCUCAGUCAUGCUCGAUCUCUAUUGGAUUGGAACACCAGGAAUCGCUUCUGUGGUGCUUGUGGUGGGAAGACCUUAUCGACGCACGGUGGAUCCAAAAUCGUCUGCCCUCCAGCCGAAGCAGGUGUCUCUCGUAGGGCAUGUCCUACCCGAACUGGUCUGCACAACCAAGCUUUCCCUCGCACAGAUCCUACUGUUGUAAUAGCUCCCAUCUCAGCCGAUGCGAAACGCAUCCUGCUGGGCCGUGGCAAACGAUGGCCAGAGAAUUACUUCAGCUGUCUUUCGGGCUUCGUGGAGCCUGGAGAAUCCUUAGAGGUUGCAACUAGACGUGAGGCAUUCGAGGAAACAGGUGUCAGGCUCGGCCAUGUCCAAAUACACUCUUCACAGCCUUGGCCGUAUCCUUCUACGCUGUUGAUCGGCGCUAUGGGACAAUGCAUCGAAGGGGGCGAAGAUAUCACUUAUCCUGAGAGUGAACUCGAGGAAGCCAAAUGGUUCGAACUGGACGAGAUUGAGCACGCUUUGAACAAUGGCGCAAAUGCCAUGUGGGAAGCACCGAUCAAAGGUUAUGUCGGGCCAAGGGUGCCGCCUGCGCAGCUAAUGGCACAUCAAACGUUGAGAGGCGUGUUGAAGCUGUUCAAGAGACAUUAGUUGAUUGCUGGCGCAUACAACUUGUCGCCUUGUGUACUUGUCCUUGCGAUGGAUCAGCUAUCUCGUCCGGACCUGCUGGAAAGUGUUGUGAAGUCUCGGCAGUUAUCACCUGCAGUAUCGCAAGCUCAUAUUUCCAAGCUAUGAGCCGAGGAGAGCUGCAACUACAUGUCCUGAACCACGUACACAGAAGCGCAGUAUUUCUCGAUACGCUCGUCCAUCUGCUCUAUGUCGAAGUAAGAAUGAUGCUCGUCUUCGUUGCACGAAUGUUGACCGCAUCAAACGUCACAUCCGAGAGCAUCCCUGUACCAUAUCAACUCCACAGCUUCGAGGCUCGGAGUUAUACUUCUACCAGCUCUUGUUCUAACAAAUACACCACAGCUAUCAUCACACCAUG